CGGGACUUUAUGAUGCAUCCCUCACGGUGAUUGGUGGACACACUCAGUCCCAUGAAAACAUACCUUCUGUUUGACAUACUCGGUGGCGGAACAAGGAGCAAGAUUCUUCCGUCAAAACGCUCCUCUUUUACUCAUAAACGGAGAUGGCGCAGUGGUGCCAGCUUCAGAUGCUGGACUCCAAGUACCUGGAGCAAGUAGACCAGCUGUACAACGACUCCUUCCCAAUGGACAUCAGACAGUACCUGAGCAAGUGGAUUGAGGGCAUCGAUUGGGAUUGUGUGUCUGUUCAAGAUUCGUUAGCGACUGUUCGCUUCCAUGAACUCCUGGCUCAGAUCGAUGACCAACACAGUCGCUUCGCGCUGGCCGGUAACUUCCUGCAGCAACAUAACUUCCGCAAGCUCAAGAGGAACCUUCAGGAUCGAUUCCAGGAAGACCCAAUCCACCUGGCCAUGAUCAUCUCCAAAAUCCUAAAGGACGAGGCCUUGAUCCUAGAGAUGGCCAACAGUGCAAAGGUAGAAUGGAAUUACCAACAAAACUAUGGACGCGCACCAAAAAUGUAUGCCCUUUUGCAGGAAAGUGAGGACAAUGUGUCAGCCAUGGUGGUGGAGAAACAGAAGCUGGACAACAAAGUGCAGGAGAUAAGGGAACAAGCUCAGAUGGCGGAUCAAAACAUCAAACAUUUGGAAGAUCUACAAGAUGAAUAUGACUUCAAGCUAAACACUUGGAAGACCUUAGAGAACGAAUUUAAUGACAUGACACCAAAGGAACAGGAGAGGCAGAAGAUGAUCAUCAGUAGGAUGUGCUUGGAGCUGAAGACCAAACGACAGGACGUCGUUCACCAGCUGACCGAGCUACUGAACGUCAGUCAGACUUUACUGUCGGACCUGAUCUCAGAGGAGCUGCCCGAGUGGAAGCAGCGGCAGCAGAUCGCCUGCAUCGGUGGACCGCCCAAUGCUUGCCUGGACCAGCUGCAGAAUUGGUUCACCACACUCGCAGAGACCCUUCAACAGGUUCGCCAGCAUCUGAAGAAGCUGCAAGAAUUGGAGCAGAAGUUCACUUAUGAAAGCGACCCCAUCACCAAGAAGAAAGAUUUCCUUGAGGACCUAGCUAUGGAUAUACUUAAUAACCUCCUUAGCAACGCUUUGGUUGUGGAGAGGCAGCCCUGCAUGCCCGCCUACCCACACAGACCACUGGUGCUGAAAACCGCCGUCCAGUUCACUGUAAAACUGCGGUUCCUGGUGAAGUUGCCCGAGUUUAACUACCAGCUCAAAGUCAAAGCUGUGUUUGACAAGGAUGUGGCUGAAAAGAAAGGGUUCCGCAAAUUCAACAUCCUGGGAACAAACACCAAAGUCAUGAACAUGGAGGAGUCCAACGGCAGCCUGGCCGCAGAGUUCAGACAUCUGCAAUUAAAAGAUCAGAAAAUAUCAGUCAAAAAUAACGAGGUACAAAUGAUGGUUACCAAGGAGCUCCAUUUGCUGAGCUUUGAGUCGAUGCUGCAGCAUGACCAGUCGGGGAUCAAAAUCCAACUGGAGGCGCUGUCUCUACCCGUGGUGGUGAUCUCCAAUGUGAUCCAGCUGCCCAGCGGCUGGGCCUCCAUUCUCUGGUACAACAUGCUGACCACUGAGCCGAAGAACCUGGAUUUCCUCUUGGAUCCUCCGUCGGCAAAGUGGUCCAGGCUCUCCGAGGUUCUAAGCUGGCAGUUUUCCUCCGUCACCAAGCGAGGCCUGAACCAGGAGCAGCUUAACAUGCUGGCCGACAAGCUGCUGGGAUCCAAAGCUCAGAGGAACCCAGACGGGCUGAUUCCCUGGAACAAGUUUUGCAAGCAAAGCGCCAGUGAGAAAACGAUUUCCUUCUGGUUGUGGAUUGAUAGCAUCCUGGAAUUGAUUAAGAGACACCUGCUUUUACCCUGGAAUGACGGCUACAUCAUGGGGUUCAUCAGUAAGGAGCGCGAGCGGGCUCUGCUGAGCGACAAGUGUCCAGGGACCUUCUUGCUCAGGUUCAGCGAGAGCAGCAAAGAAGGAGCCAUUACCUUCACGUGGAUCGAACAUGACAUACACGACAACCCCAUCUUCCACUCAGUGGAGCCGUACACAAAGAAGGAUUUGACCGCGGUCCGGCUGGCCGACAUCAUCCGCACCUACAAGGUGAUGGCGGCGGACGACAUCCCUGAUAAUCCGCUCCGCUUCCUCUACCCUAACCUCCCAAAAGACGACGCCUUCGGGAAAUACUACACCAAAAACGCAGAAGCUCCAGAGCCCAUGGAGGUGGAGAACAUAAACACCGGCUACAUGAAGACGGAGCUCAUCUCAGUCUCAACAGUACCUCCGUCCCACAUGCAGGGCAAAAUAAUGCCCAUGACACAUGAGGUGUACGAGCUUUUGGAGCAGUCAGUCAGUCCCAAAGACAUCAAAGACGCAAUGAACGGCGACUUGACCAUCUGAGCUGAAGAGCAGCAAAAAAUCGUCAAGCCUGCGAAGGAGCAGUUACCAUGGAGAGCGAAGUCAGACGGGACAGGGACAACCCAACAGCGCCUUUGGAACAGUUUAUCAGACCUUGUGGAGAAGCAGAGGAUGGACUUUUUUUGGGAGGAGCCAGAAGAAGCAGGAUGUCUCCCUUUCCCUACUGGUGGCCAUGAGGUAUUUAUUGGCUUUAAACAAUCCAACUGUGAAGUUCUCCUCCCUUCAGCAGCAGCUCUAAAAGUAUCUGUUAUACUGUUUGAUAUUACAAUUGUAUUCAGUUUAAAGGCUCAUAGACAUAAAUACACAAGUGUGCUAUAGAAUGGGAUUAUUCCUGCCAUUUACUUUGACUAUAAAAGCUCCUUUAGCGUGGCCGCACGUUGUGUUUAGGCGGUCGGCGCCGUAAGUGAUCAUGUGGAUGCUUGCUUACGUCAGUGUAAGACGGGCGAGGAGACUUAGAUUGUUGUCACGUCAAAAAAUAAACGCCUGGCUAAAGUUUAGAUUACCAAGUUGUGAGUAAAUAAAUGUACUGCAUUCAAAUAAAAACAUUUGAAAAUGUUCCUGAAUUACAUUCCGACAAUAAAAUGGCCUUUGUGUCCAAA